AUGGUGAAAUUUGCACUUCAUUUUAAAGCUGAACUUGAAAAUGUUACAGACGUUGGACCUAGCAGUGAAGAAUAUGAAUGGCACUUUAAGGUAAAAUGUAAUAAUUGUAAAGAAAUAAAUAAAAAUUGGGUUGGUGUUAAUCAACUUGCUAGCAAUGCUAUAAGUGGUUCACGAGGAAGUGCAAAUUUUGUAAUGCAUUGUAAAUUUUGUAAACGUGAAGGUUAUGCACAAUUUGAUAAUACAUCUAUUAAACCAUAUACUAUUGAGAAUAGUGGUCAAUUUUCUCAAAUAGUAAUUAUUGAUUGCAGAGGAUUGGAAUUUGUAGAUUUUGAUCCAAGAAUUGGUUUUAAAGCUAAAGGUGUUAAAAGCAAUAUAAUUUUUAAUGAUAUUGAUUUAACAUUAAAAGAAGAUUGGGCAGAUUAUGAUGAAGAGGUUUGA